CAUUAAGGAUUAAAGGUAUACAUGACUAUGUGAACCUUUACUUACUAGCUAUUAUAUUUUCUAGUCUUUUUACAGGAAAGGCCCACAAUUAAUAUGAGUUGUUUAUCCGGGGGGGACAGGUAUACAAAUCUGCCAAAAAAUCUACUUACUAUAUAUUUGCAUAAUGUUUUUACAGCCGAAGCCAACGAUCAAAGCUUUGAUAUUCUUUUGGGCUCACAGCAAGCGUUCAAUGCUCAGCUCUACAUCAAAGGUCGCAGGUAUACAAGAAUCUUUAAGCAAUUUACUAAAAAAUUAGAUUUUCCUAGCGUUUACAUAGUCAAGGCGAAAUGAUCAUGUUCUUUCUAUCCAUUCAAGGUUCUAGGUACACACGCACAUUUUAGCAUUUAUUCUUCACUGGUUGAAUCUUUUUAAUCUUUGACAGUCCAUGCCGAGAAUCAAGGUUGCACUUCAAAAAAUAGGGUUAAGGUAUACAUGCCUUUUUAAGCAUUUACUUACUACUAAUUGCUUUAUUCAGACUUUAUACAGUCGAGACCAAAGAUCAAGAGCCCGAUUUCCGCAUAGAUUUACAGGGAUACAAGUGGCUUUCUUUACCCAUUAACAUAUUGAUAGCUGUUUGAAGCAGUCUUUUUACAGUUCAAUUCAACAGUCAAGGUUCAAAUCCCCGUCAAAAAUCACUGAUAUACUGCCACUUUU